CAUAUAUCCAACAUUGAGUAAAGUCUUCAUUCACACUGAUUUUUUGGUCAAUGAACCCAAAAAUCUAGAAUUUUCAGAAAACAGAGUGCAGCGUCAUUUGGAAUCUACAUCUGCACUAUAAUUGCAGCAAAGAUGGCUAAACCAUGGUGGACUGGCGUACCAGGAUUUGAGUCAUCACCAUCAGUUAGCUCACCAGCUUUGAAAAAGCCAAAUCUAGGCAUAUCCCUUAACUACCAUAAUCCCACACCAUCACCAUUCAAGGAGCCUGCUAUGAAUGAUCACGAUUCUAACGAUGGUCGUGCUGGUGGAAAAGAAGAUGAAGAAGAAAGAGAACAAAGCGAGGAGCCGAACGAAGGCGCUGUUGAGGUCCCAAAGAAUAGGGCAAGAGGCAGGCCUACGGGUUCAAAGAACAAGCCAAAACCGCCCGUAUUUGUGACGAGGGACAGCCCUAAUGCGAUGCGCAGCCAUGUUAUGGAGGUGGCGAGUGGCUCCGAUGUAGCGGAGAGCAUCGCAGAAUUUGCAAGAAAAAGGCAAAGAGGAGUUUGCGUGUUGAGUGCAAGCGGGAUAGUCACAAAUGUGACAAUUAGGCAACCCUGUGAUUCUACUGCAGUCAUGGCUCUACAUGGCCGCUUCGAAAUCCUCUCCUUGACCGGCGCUUUUCUUCCAGGGGCGACGCCACCGCUGGGAUCCUCAGGGCUGACUAUAUACUUAGCACGCGGUCAGGGACAGGUGGUGGGGGGUAGUGUGGUGGGUUCUCUGGUGGCUGCUGGGCCAGUAAUGGUAAUUGCUUCAACAUUUUCGAAUGCUACAUAUGAGAGGUUGCCUUUGGAUGAGGAAGAAGCUGCUGCCGCUACCACUGACACCGCCGGUGGCGCAGAAGAAGGACAGGUGGGUAUUGGUGGUGGUAUGGGCGAAGCGCCGUUGUUGGCUCCAUAUAAUAUGCCACUUCGCAAUGGAGGAGAGUUAAACCACAGUUCAUUUUCAUGG